UGCAGCAGCAGCAGCAGCAGCAGCUGCGGGGUCGGCCAUGCUCUCUGCCUCCCGGCGCGCGCUCCGGGCCGCGUUCUGCGGCUGGAACGCCGCGGCGGCGGCGGCGGCCACGAGCUCCCGGCGGGUGCCGCCUGCAGUGAGCAGGACAUACGGCACAUCACAGACACAUUACAACACAACUGUGGAUCCCGAGGAACUGAAGAGGUUUCAGGCCCUGUCACAGAAAUGGUGGGAUGAAAAGGGAGAAUUUGCAGCUCUUCAUGCUUUAAACGAGCUUCGGGUUCCUUUUAUCCGAGAUACAUUGUUGACCUAUUGUGAAAAACAACAAUUAGGAUGUCCUCUCGAUGGAUUCAUGAUUCUAGAUGUUGGCUGUGGAGGGGGCCUGCUGUGUGAGCCACUGGGCAGACUUGGGGCAGAGGUUACUGGAAUUGAUCCUUUGGAAGAAAAUAUUAAAACCGCAACAGUACAUAAAUCAUUUGAUCCCAUUCUGCAAGAACACAUACAGUAUAGUGCCUGCUCCUUGGAGGAAUUGGUAACGGAAACAACAGGAAAGUUUGAUGCAGUCAUAGCAUCUGAAGUUGUGGAACAUGUGAAUGAUGUGGAGACAUUCAUCAGAUGUUGUGCACAAGUGAUAAAGCCUGAAGGAUCAUUGUUCCUAACAACAAUCAAUAAAACAACUCUGUCCUACGCAAUUGCCAUUGUGGUAGCUGAGAAGGUGUUAAGAAUUGUACCAAGUGGGACACAUGAAUGGCAAAAGUUCAUCUCCCCGGAAGAGCUGGAGAAGAUUCUGAAGUUCAAUGGCUUUACAGUGGAGACGGUCAAUGGAAUGCUGUAUAAUCCCCUUUCAGCCUCCUGGAGCUGGAUUACUAAUACAAGUGUAAACUAUGCACUGCACGCCGUGAAGUGCAGGGUUGACAACCUGGAGUUUAAAUCAGAACCAGAAAGAGAUCAGGGGCAGAACGAGGGCACGCACCAUUCAGAAUCUAGAAGUGGCUCCACAGUGUAAUUGCUGUAAAGGGAACUCUAAUUCACGCCACAUACCAAGACACUUCGAUAAACUCAAGACAGAUUAAUUUAUUUCUGCCAUAAGAGAUAUUUGCUAUGAAUCUAAAAUAGAAAAAUUGCAGCUGUCAGUUUUUAUUUAACUGAAGCCCUUGUUGCAAUGAUUCUUCUGAGACUGUUUAAUAUUUGGAUGUUAUAAAAUUAUUUUUCCAUACCUAGGUAAAGAUGGCAAUGUCAUUGUUACAGAAUUUUGCACUAAUAUACUAAGGAUUGUUUUAAUUUGAAAUAAACAAUCUUGAACGUGUAUAUUUUGGGGGGUAUUCUUCAGUACUGUGGCAAUUCUGAGAUAACAUUACGACACAAUAUGGCUGUUAAAUCAUAUUUUAGACUUUAAUUGCAUUUUCAUUUUUUCAGGAGUGUGAUGUAUUCUGUCAUAGAACAUGUCUCUGCCAAUAUCUAUAUUCUUAAGUAAAUGAAAAUACAAUCCAUUAAGCAAGUAUUAAACUAUUUUUACAUGCAUGUUCUGGCCUUCCAUUAUAUCAGUGUGCACUAAGCUAGAUUUUACACAUCAAGCAUCUCAAAUUGCUUUGUGGUGAAUGUUUUGUAUGAUAUUAGACAUAUUUUGACCCAGGAGGCUGGUAUUUUUUCAGUUAUUACUGAAGUGUGCCAGUUUCUUGCAGAAUCUAUCUUCACAGUUGGUAGAUUUAGUACUAGGUAUUUUGGCAAAUCCAAUACAAAUUAAAGAAGUAUAACUUUG